ACACACACACACACACACACACACACUCACUGACUCUCUGUUUCUCUUCAGAUGCCCAACAUGAUGGAGCUCAGCCUCAACCCCCGGAUCAGCGACUCCCCCUUGUUUGGACCGGUGGUCCCCAUGAGUUCGGACCUCCAGGACCGGGGGGGGCUCUGUAACGGCCUGCAGGACCUGAACCCCCCCCCCGCACCCAUGAUGGAGGCCAGCAGCAUGGGCCAGAACCACCAAACCUGCAAAUACGACCUGCUGAGCAGCGUCCCAUUGACAGACCUGGAUCUGAAGGUCCAGUACCGGGGCCGGACGGCGGCCUCCUUGCUGGUCUCCAACCCUCAGGGCUGUCGGCUGUACGCGGGUCACCUGGAGCCCAGUCCCGACCAGGUGGAGCUGUUCGGGCCCGUCACCUUGCAGCAGGUCCAGUUCCCUGGGACCUCCGAGAUCCAGAACCAGAAGCAGAAGUUCUACACCGACGCCCUCCUGGACGUCAUGGACCGAGGCCUGAUCCUGGAGCUCUGGGAGCAGGACCUCUACGCAGUCCGGCUCUGCCAGUGCAAGGUGUUCUGGUCCGUGCCCGGGACCUCCGAACCCGGACCCCCCAACCCUCUGGAGCGCGAGAAGAAGGUCCGGGUCUUCAGCCUCAAUGACUUCUUGCAAGGCUUGAUCCUGUUCCAGAGGGGCGAGACUCCGAACCCGCCCCCAUUUGAGGUUUACUUCUGCUUCGGUGAGGACUGGCCCGACAAGAAACCCAAAGAGAAGAAACUGAUCAUCGUCCAGGUGGUCCCAGUGGUGGCCCGGAUCCUCACGGAGAUGUUCUCUGGGGAACUCAGCUGGUCUACAGACAGCAUCCGGCUCCAGAUCUCCAACCCAGACGUGAAGGACCGGACUGUGGAGCAGUUCAAAGAGCUGCAGAGGCUCCUGCAGAGCCAGCACAUCCAGGGGCCCUGGACCCCCAGCGUGCCCUAGACCUGGACCCCUGCCCUCUCCUGAAACCUUCUCCUGAACCAGGACCCCUGACCUCUCCUGAACCAGGACCCCUGCCCUCUCCUGAACCCUUCUCCUGAACCAGGACCCCUGCCCUCUCCUGAACCAGGACCCCUGCCCUCUCCUGAACCCUCUCCUGAACCAGGACCCCUGCCCUCUCCUGAACCCUCUCCUGAAUCAGGACCCCUGCCCUCUCCUGAACCAGGACCCCUGCCCUCUCCUGA